AUGUCAGAAUAUGUCAUCACCUACUCUUCUUUGCCUGAAGAUGAUAAAAUCUGCCCGAUUUGUCACGAAGAAUUUGAAGAAUAUAUAAAUAAUGAGAAAGUUAUUAAUAAGCUUAAAUGUGGACAUAUUUUCCACCAGGAUUGCAUAAUUAAUUGGGCUUUAUCAGACAAUGAGAACAGAUAUAAAUGUCCGUUGUGUCGUGAAGAAAUUGAAUUUAAUGAGGCACACAAAGAAUUUAAGGAGAGAAUGAAGAAAGCUGGGUUUACUUUUGAAGAUGAUGUUCAUAAUUAAGAAUUUUAUUUUGAUACAAAUAUACAAGAAGGGUGGAGGGGAGUCCGAGCAUCGGUUUGAAUUAGUUGCAUGUUUAAUUAUACUUCGAUGUUGGCGUCUG